AUGAUGACGGAGUCGCCUGAGGAAUUGCGUGCUCUUUAUCGCCGUUCCGUUGCCUAUGAGAAGAUAGGAGAUCUAAAGGAAUCGAUUGCUGAUGCACAGAAACUUAUUCAACUUGAACCGAAUAACAAAGCUGUCAAGGACCUUAUUCACCGUGUUGAAUCGUGCGUUGUUCAGAAGAGGGAAUCGGCAUUUAGCUUGAAAGGGAAAAUCAAUUCAAUGUUUUCCAUACUUGCUGAUGAAAAAUCUCCUGUUGAUCUCAUUGAGCCUGCUCUUAGAAAUUUAAUUGCACUAAUAAAGGAGGAGGAUAAGACAGCAUCUAACGAAGUUUGGUUGCAUCCCAGCAGUAACAAAAUUUUUGACCUUAUUAAUCAUCCAAAUAAUCAAAUCGCUAACCUCGCUCUUUUAUUGUUGGAGAAUAUUAUGAGAACUGUACCUAGCUUGAGUGUCACCAUCUUUGACAAAAUGACGCUGAAGUACAUCAUUGGUCGAGUGAUGUCACCUUCUGCGGAUGUGUCUACCCAUAUGUGCAAGUUCUUAUCGCACCUUUUGGAGAGUUUAACGCAAAUUCGGGCUUAUCAAAAGGCGCGCGAUGCCGCUGUGGAGCUUGCGAAGCGGAAUAAGUCUCUGGCUCAAUCGUUCCUUCCCAAGGAGGUCUACCCACCCUACAAACUUGAAGCAGAGUUGGAGGGUCCAGUGGCAAAGAUUUUAGAGCAGGUCCUCCGAUCUACAAACAGCUACCGUCUCGAGGCUGCCGCUAGAGACAUCCUUCUACAACUACUGACCUGGAUCAUUCCCUCCGAGACAGGCAUCGGCUGGACCGAACGCAUUGUCACUGCCGAGGGUAACUUUGAGCGCAUUCUAGAGGUGGCAGCGGCAACCUGCCCAACGACACUAAUGGUGUCAGCGGAGCAGUCACAGGUGGCAGGGGUGGCGUCGGUGAAGCCGCGCCACAAACACUUGCUGGAGGAGGACUCAAGGGGAGAGGGGCUGCCGGAGAUCUCCAGGGGUGGGGUGCUUAAGACUUCUGCCAACACUCGCAUGCUUGUCGCUUGCCUUCUCUCGCGCCUUUUCAACGACCUCCGCUCCGACCAAGACCGCCAGCGCUUCAGCCAAACUUGUGGCGAGUUUGUCAUGGAGCUGCUGACAGACAAGUUCAUCGAGAGCAAGGUGGAAGCGGCGGCUGUGAUUGGAACUCUGUUCAGUGGACCCUACGAAGUUGGUUCGCGUGUCCUUGCCACCGAAGGCGUUCUAGAAGGUCUCCUUCUUCUUUCCCAGUCAGAGAACCUAGCCUACCAGACCAUUGCAUUGGACACUAUAAUCCUGGCAACUAACAAGAAGGAUAAGUGCAUGGCUAUUAUUAAUCAGGCUGUGCCCAUUCUACGUACCCUCUACAAGUCACCCGAUGACGGUGUCAAAGUUCGCGCUCUUCUCGGCCUAUGCAAACUUGGCGUAUUAGGUGGGGGGGACGCCAGCAUAAAGAUCAUGGCCGAUGGUUCGACGGUGAUUCUUAUGAAGGCCUGUCGUAGACUCCUUCUUGGAGAAUCUGCAAGCGGAAAGCCAGAGACUGGGGUGCGUAGUGAUGCGACCUCGAUGCGUUGGGCUAUUGACGGGUUGGCGUACCUCAGCUUGAAUGGUGAAGUUAAAGAGGCCUUGAUUAAGGAUGAGGUACUGCUCAUUGCUGUCUACAAAGUUGCUGAGCUGGGGUAUUAUGACACCGCGUUCCCACUUGUCAGUCUCCUCGCCAACUUGACCAAUAGUUUCGUGGAGAAGGAGAUCACUCCAGAAAUGCUGGAGCUUGCCAAGUUUGCGAAACAGCACAUCCCGGAGAAGCACGAGGCGGAUGAACCGAAAGUGGUGACUCAGAGACGUCAGAAAAUGAUCGAUGCUGGUCUAGCCACUUGCCUACACAACUUGACAACCAAGCUGGUGACAAAAACAUCCGCCGCUCAGCCACAAGUUCGUGAGGUGGUCUCAAGGAUCUACCUGUCGUGCACUGAGUGUGUUGAUCGUCGCGGUUUGUUGGUGUCUGCGGGCGCUGGAAAGGCACUGCUCAAUUUGUCAUUAGAAGGCAACACGGACGAAGGGAAGCACGUGGCUUCUCAGGCCCUCGCAAAGCUGACAAUCACGGCGGAUCCUCGACUCACGUUCCCCGGAGAGCGGUCUCUGGAGGUGAUACGGCCACUGCUUCAACUUCUCGAUAUGGAAUGUCCAGCUCUGCAGAAUUUUGAGGGCCUGCUUGCCCUCACCAACCUCGCCUCCUUGGACCAUAAGCAUCGUUGUCGAAUGCUGCAGGAGGGCGCCCUGCCGAAGGUAGAGCACUACAUGUUCGAGGAUCAUGAGGAGUUGCGUCGUGCAGCAGUGGAGUGUUUCAGUAACCUCGCGCAGCACCCUGCAGUGGUGGUGGCCUGUGGAGGCGAACUUUCAGCCGAGACGGCGGGCAGCGUAGCUUGUGGGUCGAGUGGGUCAGAGGUGGUGAAGCUGUUGACACUCUACUGCUACGACGAGAAGAACAUCUUCCUGGUGCGAGCUGCUGCCGGUGCUCUCGCCACCAUGUCCCACGAUCCCGGCAUCUUGCGCAAAAUCACCCAGGUGGACAAGUGGAAGGAAAAGAUGGAGGUACUGGCAGCACACCCGUCGCCGACCAUUCAGCACCGCGUCGUCUUUCUCUUGCGCAACCUAAUUGUCUGUGGUGGCAGCGAAAUUGCCCGUGAUAUAGUCGACUCCCGCUUGGUGGAGCUCAUCGACUACCUCCAACACCUUCCAGAUAUCUCUGACACCGAGGUUCUACCGCCAGAGGCCAUCGUUCUCGGUCAACUCCUCUUCUCUUUCGAGUGUCGUCUACAGCACUCUCCUAGGUCAAACUCCCGCGUCGGCCAUCACUACCUGACUGGUGGUGGUCGUCCGAAGGCUGCAGUACGCGAAGAGGCUAAGGCGGAUCGCAAGAAGACUCGGGACAUUGCGUCUGCGGCGAUGCGUAAACUCGUCGAGUACGGUUUCAUCAAACAGACGCAGCCGACGAGUCCGUAG